CACGCCGCUUCCGUCGCGGCACUCAUUACCUUUGCUGUGCGCCGGAAGGAAGCUCUACGAGCGCUUUUGGAAUUAUGGCGGCGGUGGAUAUCCGAGAUAACCUGCUGGGAAUUUCUUGGGUUGACAGCUCUUGGAUCCCCAUUUUGAACAGUGGUAGUGUUCUAGAUUACUUUUCAGAAAGAAGCAAUCCUUUUUAUGACAGGACCUGUAAUAAUGAAGUGGUCAAGAUGCAGAGGCUAACAUUGGAGCACUUGAAUCAGAUGGUUGGAGUUGAAUACAUCCUUUUACACGCUCAAGAGCCCAUUCUUUUCAUCAUUCGGAAGCAACAGCGGCAGUCCCCUGCCCAAGUCAUCCCACUGGCUGACUACUAUAUCAUCGCUGGAGUCAUCUACCAGGCACCAGACUUGGGAUCAGUCAUAAACUCCAGAGUGCUCACUGCAGUACAUGGUAUUCAGUCAGCUUUUGAUGAAGCUAUGUCAUACUGUCGCUAUCAUCCUUCCAAAGGGUAUUGGUGGCACUUCAAAGAUCAUGAAGAGCAAGAUAAAGUCAAACCUAAAGCCAAAAGGAAAGAAGAACCAAGCUCUAUUUUUCAGAGACAGCGUGUGGAUGCUUUACUUGUUGACCUCAGACAAAAAUUCCCACCCAGAUUUGUUCAGCAAAAGUCUGGAGAAAAGCCUGUCCCAGUGGAUCAGACAAAGAAAGAGGCAGAGCCUCUACCAGAAACUCUGAAAUCUGAGGAGAAGGAGAGCACGAAGAAUGCUCAGCAGACUGUGAGCACUAAGGGUCCCCCUGAGAAACGAAUGCGACUUCAGUGAAUAGUGGACACGAAAGAAGCUGGCAAGCGCCUUGUCAGUCACUAUACCUCAGCACCGUGGGAGGUCUCGAGUCUUAAAACACUAUCGCAGCCUCUCAUUUGUGUGGAGCACUUGUUCUUUCCAAAAGGACGCUCUCCCUCCCAGGAUUUCUAUGUGAAUAUUUCUUACGUAUCUUUUGUAACCUUUCCUCUGCUGGACAUGGGCAAUGCACCUAGCUCACAGAUACACCAAUAUAUAUCCUUAAAAACAAUAAAGUUAUUUGUAUAUAUUCCUCA